ACAAUGAAAGAAUAUCAGUUCCCAUGUUGUGAUCUUGACUUUUGGGGCUAUUUUGUGGUAUGUCUAUUGUUGGUGUCUCUGGCAGGCAUUGCAUCUGGCCUUGCUCUAGGACUACUGUCCUUCAACCUAGUUGAUCUUGAGGUCCUCAUUAAGGCAGGUCUUCCAAAAGACAGAAAGAAUGCAGAAAGGAUUAGACCUUUGGUAAAGAAUGGACAUUUUGUCCUGUGUACCCUUCUUCUAGGAAAAUCACUGGCUAUGGAGGCACUGCCAAUUUUUAUGGACGCAAUCAUCCCUUCUUGGUUUACUAUUCUCGUGUCGGCACCCUUGGUGACUGUGUUUGCAGAGAUUUUACCUCAAGCUAUAUGCUCUCGACAUGGACUGACUUUAGGGGCAAAAAUGGCUCCCAUUGUUCAACUGCUUCUGCUGAUCUUCUUCCCUAUAACCUAUCCAGCUAGUAAGGUGCUGGAUUGGGGUCUAGGGAAAGAACAUUCAGUUCUUCUCAGAAGAUCAGAGUUGAAGACAUUUGUGGACUUACAUGCAAAUGAGGCAGGGAAAGGUGGAGAAUUGUCACAUCAUGAAACUUCUAUAAUCACAGGUGCUAUAGAUUUGACUCAGAAGACAGCUAAAGAUGCAAUGACACCCAUAUCUCAAACUUUUUCUCUUGAUAUAAAUUCUAAACUUGACAUGCAUACAAUGACACAAAUAAUGAGCAAAGGUCACAGUCGAAUACCAAUCCAUUCUGGACACGCAAAAAGUAUCAUUGGCCUCAUAUUGGUUAAAAACUUGAUAUUCUGCCGCCCUGAAGAUGAGACACCCAUAAAGAAUUUGAUUAUUAGGAAAAUUCCAAGAGUUUAUGAAAGUUGGCCACUAUAUGAGAUAUUGAAUCAAUUCCAGAAGGGUCACAGUCACAUGGCUAUUGUCAUGAAAUCCAACAAAGACACAGAGAGCACUACAACUCGUGCUGUGGGUGCACCCACCUAUUUUAAUAUAAUUACUCAUAAAACAUCAAAUUCGGCUCAUGCUGAAGUUGUUGCAGAAUCUGAUUCUUCCUUUGUCAUUGAAAUGAGUCAGAGAAGUUCUGUACAUGAAUCCUGUUUGAACUCCAGUGAUGCGGAAUUUCAUAGUCCAACAUUAAGAAAUGUCAUGGAACUAGGCAGUGAAGCGAGUCAAGAAACUGAAUAUUUCUCACAAGAACAAAUAGUUUCUCUUCCAGAUGUUAUAGAUGACGAGGUUAUUGGCAUCAUCACAAUGGAAGAUGUCAUGGAGGAACUGUUACAGGGAGACAUAUUGGAUGAAACUGAUGAAUAUGUUCACGUUCAAAAGAAGUGAGUAAAUUUGAAUUGAAUUUUAAUAUUACCUCCUUCAUUUCUG